AUGCUCGCUUUCAGACCCUCACCUUUGCUUCUCAAACUGCUAUCAGAGCAUGCAAGGAAAGCGAUCAAGUAUGUUCGACACAAGUUAGAAGACACUUUGAAUGACUACGAUCAGCUCAGAAAGAGCUAUGAAGAUGCGAUGUUCAAGAUCUCGGAGUUGGAAAGCGACAGGGUUGCUCUGCUAGAGGCGCUUCGUGCAGAUGGGAAUUAUAAGCUUUUGACCUAUGCUAGUGAAUUGGAAUUGAAGAUCAAGAACUUGGAACAAGAGUUGGAUUCUACCAGGAUGAUCCUGGAAGAAUCAGAACGCAACAGAACAUCUCUUCUCCAAGUCAGCAAUGAAUUGCAUCACCAAAAGGUUUUGAACUCAACAUUGACUCAGCAGCUCAAUGUUCAAGCGAAAGAUUUUCAAAUUGAGAAGAACGAUAUGCUGCAAGAAGUAGGGAACUAG